CUUCCAUACCGUCUUUGUCACUAUCCAUCUUCAACUCCAACAUUUCUGAAAUACGUCACAGGUCUUAACGCGACAAAGCUUGAGCUGGGAUUGGACAAGCGAGUCUCUUACACUUUGGAUACGAAUUGGUUCCGUUGCCCUAAAAAAGGGCAACCAGGCUCACCAUCAAAAUGAGUCGUACCCUAGAACCCACACUCCUAUCCCUCCUCCCAACCUACUCCAAAGACCUCCCGCAACCCCUCCUCGAGCUCGCCUCCUCGCUACUCACGCAAUCGCGCCACAGCGCCGGCACCCUCAAGGCCGAAGAGGAAGUAGCCCGCGCCUACGCCUGCGCGCACAUCGCCUGCGAGCGCCUAAAGAUCCCCCUCGACCUCCCGCCCAUCCAGCCGCGCCCCCCCGUGCCGCCGCGCAUCUACAAGAGGCUGUACAAUCACCUCGACCACGUGUUACCCGCGCACGCCGUGGGCAGGACGGGACGGAUCCGCACGCCGAGCUCGAAGCUGCGCGACGCCGGCAUAUUCGGCGGUGGCGGCCAGCGUUCCGUUCCCUCGCGCGGGACGCCGAAUAAAGAGGAGUCGCUGGCCAAGUUUCGGUCCCCCGCCGCCGCGGCGAACGGAGAUAGCACGCCGACGCGGUCUGCGCGGAAACCGCCGCCGCUGCUGCCGUCUAAGAAGAAGGCGGGAGGUGCUGUGAGCGCGUUGCCGGCUUGGGUGCGUCCUACGAUACAGUUUAUGUGCAAGGAGUUGGAUGAGGAGCGGAUCGGGAGGACGGUCCUGGCGGGUAUGCAGACGAUUGCUUCGCCGCAUGGGAGGCGGACGAAGGAUGAGUGGGUUAAUGAGCAUUUGACGCCUUUGCUUGCGGCUGUGUACUUCCUCGUGUCUUCGCAGUUGUACGUGUUGGAGCAGGGAAAGGAGUUGGAUGAUCCGCAGUACAUACGCAUGCGAAAAGCGAUUCUAGGGGCCCUGGGGCAAGCGCAGGAAAAUGUUAACGUGGUGGGUAUGGAUGAGGAUGAGCUUUGGAUCGGUUGGUCGGAUGUUAGGUCAAGGGACGUCGACGGCGCCGUUGCCAAGGUAGUGGAGAGUGGGUGGCAGAGAGAGGAGUGGUUUGCUGGUAUCAAGGACAUGGCGAAAAUAGAAACCGCAGAUGUAAGCCACGAGGAUGCGGAAACUGAGGAUGGCGACGAGCGGCCUUUUGGCGAGAAACUCCAUGUGCAGAGAGGCGAUACUAUGCUACAAAGCAAGUGGGAUAUGACGGACCAGAAGAGGGAAGAGCUUCGUAAGUGGAAAGAGGAGAAGCUGCGCCAAAUCGAAGAGAUCGAAAAAUCUCGCGGAUCCGAGAUGGAUGUUGAUGCUCCUGUAUAGACGUUUGGUAUAAAAGAACGACAACCAUUUUAUAUCAGGAUAUAUGACACAGAUUCUUCUUCAUGAACUAGGAAACGGGCGUUUUCUAUGUCUCUGAAGUUCGAGCUCCCAUUGAAUCCCCUCCUUUCUCGAAUAGUCUUCAAAAGCGGCAGAGACAUGGUCGUGGCAGGAGUUAGAUCACGUUUAGACAGUCAUGCCAACCAUCUCACAAUAUCUACUUACAUAUUAGUCACAGUUAGAUAUCACACUUCAGGUGAAAUAAUCUAAUAUCCGCAAACACAUAUAAUCCCCAACAUUUACGCCUGUAUACACCG